AUGGCGUUCGGACAGCAUAUGAUUACCAACGGUAAUACUUAUGCACUUCUUCGAAAACUUGAAAUGCUUGACGAUAGGGAAGUGAAAUUUAACCGUGAAGAUUCGUUUAACAUCAUACGUGAUAGAGCCGCAAAGAAUAUGAAUCGACAACAAGAGCGUAAUGAAAGAUCUUACAAUCUGCGAUCGCGUGAGGUAAAUUAUAUUGUAGGGCAAGAAGUUUUCCGAAGAAACUUUAGCCAAAGUAACUUUGAAAAGGGUUACAAUGCAAAACUAUCGCCACCGUUUCUUAAAGCACGCAUUAAGGCGAAAACCGGAAAUUGCUAUUACGAAUUGGAAGAUUUAAAUGGUCGUUCUCUAGGUGUAUACCACGCAAAGGACAUACGUCAAUAA